ACCAGCCACCACCAGAAACGCAUCUCGUAAGACGCCCGCCGACGAAGAGGACGAUCGCACGCCACGAAACGUCCAGUCCACCGGCGCCAUCGAAACCUCACCGACGUCUCUGUCCGUCCAGAAGGGAGUCGUUGUCGCACCACCCGAGUCCCGAGCGAGCUAACGUCCGCAGCAGUCGACACGGUUUCGGUCAGACGCGAAAAACCUAACCAUAUACGGUCCGACCUGUUGAUCAGCCGCACCGCGUAUUUCGUACCCUCGACCCCAAUCGCCGAACAGGGAUAGCCCUUUGCAACGUCUACGCGUGUACUCUGUGCCACGACGAAUAAUAUUAUAUUAUAUUAUACACUUGCGAAUCAGAGGCUGACCCGCAAACGGAACUUGUCAUCGCAACCAGGUCGUCCUUCUGCUUAGGGUCGUCGACGAUCCUGCAGUAGUAGCAGCAGCAGCAGCAUCUCCGGUCGUAACCACAAAAACGCGGCCCGACAGCCAUACGAUGAUAUUUUCGAAAUGCCAGUACGCGGCGUUCACGUUAUUACUGAUUCAGAUGAGGGUGCUGUGCCAGGAGUCGAUCACCACGGAAGGAGGCGUGGUGGUGGGCAGCGGCGCCGGGCCGACGGAGCUCUAUCCGAGCGGCGACGAAAGUGCUGACGACGUGGGCAGGGAGAAUGUGUUCGUACUCAACGAUACCAGGGAAGCUCUGUCUCACGACGGCAGCGAACACAAUUCCGUGUUGUUCGUCGGAGACAGUUACGUGCCAGUCACCACUCAGCUCCGGUCCAGACCCAUAUCGCCGGCCGACUCGACCGUGCUCGACUGGAGACUGCAAACCGUGGAGAGUUGGGACGGACGGCGGCACGGCAACAACAAGACGAGAGUGCAACACAUCGAAGCCGAGUGCCAAGACGAUUACAUGAAAAUCCGUAUCGGUUUCAACGGCUCAUUUGGCGGUCUUCUGUACUCGUCCGGAUAUUCGUACGACCCGGAUUGCGUUUACAUCAACGGCACUGGUCGGGAUUACUACGAGUUUUACAUACAACUGAACCGUUGCGGUACCUUGGGAAAGAACUCCAGACAAGAGGACGCCAGGAAGAACCCAGCGAAAAAUCUCAUGUGGAACACCGUAACCGUACAAUACAACCCAUUGAUCGAAGAGGAAUGGGACGAACACUUCAAGGUGACCUGUGAAUACGGCUACGACUUUUGGAAGACUGUGACAUUUCCGUUUUUAGACGUUGAAGUGGCCACUGGCAAUCCGGUCGUCUUUACACUGUCACCGCCCGAGUGUUACAUGGAAAUACGGUAUGGAUACGGCACCACCGGAAACAGGGUGGGCGGACCCGUACGCGUGGGAGACCCGCUGACUUUGAUCAUCUACAUGAGAAGCAAAUAUGAUGGUUUCGAUAUUGUGGUGAACGAUUGUUACGCGCACAACGGAGCGCAGAAGAAGAUUCAACUCAUCGAUCAAUACGGAUGCCCCGUCGACGACAAACUGAUCAGCAGAUUUAGAGGAUCGUGGAGCGAAAGCCAAGUGUUUGAGACCCAAGUAUUCGCCUACAUGAAAACGUUCAGGUUCACAGGGUCACCGGCGCUUUACAUUGAAUGCGACGUCAGAAUGUGUCACGGCAGAUGUCCGAGUCAACCGUGUCACUGGAGGAAUGCCAAGAGCGUAUCGAAACGGUCUACCGACGUGGAGGUGGCUACAACUCCAGCGGCCCUUUCGCAAAACAUCAACUUGUUCCAGUCGUUGAGAGUGCUCCAGGAGGGCGAGAACGGCGAAGACGCAAGUGCACUUAGUAACAGGACCACCGGAUACUACACGGACAACAGCCAAAAUUCAGUGUGCGUCCGGUCAGGUUUGCUGGCCGGUCUGUUGGCGCUCGCCUCCACUGUGCUAUGCUUCUUGAGCUUGGCGCUGACCGUCAUGUGUUACCGGUCCAAGCGACUGGUCAAAGGGUGCGCCGACGAUCCUGCGCAUCACGUGAUCGCUGCCGCUCCGGCGAGAUGUUUCCUCACGCACAAGGGCAGAUUAAACUGACGGGGGUCGACGUAGGUCGGCUGAUCACCGGGGAAGGGGGGGUACGGCAAUAGCAGCCUGUAUUUUUACAAAAUAUCGUCAGGUACAAAACACUUAACAUAAUAUUAUUAUCAUAUCAUACUAUCGUGUAUACAAUACAACACUCUCGUCACCAUUCGCAUCGAACAUAAUAUAAUAUUUUCUAUAUAUAUAUUUAUAUGUAUUUUUUUUUAUUACGUAAUCUUAAUUAUUACUACUACUAUUAUUAUUAUUAUUAUUGUUGUUGUCAUUUUUUUAUUGAGUUCGGUCGGAAUAUUAGACGCCGUAGAAACACUGUACCACCUUAGCUUUAACGGUAUUGCGGUGCAGACAUUUGAAGUGGAUUAUCCGUGACCAGAUCGCGUACAGACAGAACGAUUCGCAUUUAUUUUAUAUAAGUAUAUUAUCUUAAUAUUAUGUUACGCAUACGUGACGGUCGGAAGGCCUUUUCCCGAGUCACCAAUCUAUUUUCCAGGGGACGACUGCAGGGACUUUCGGCAUUCAAGAUGACCCUCGUCGUUACGUCUGUCAUCUCUAUAAUAAUAUAACAUCUAAACUACGUUUACCCACUACCAAGUAUUGACCCGUCGUCAUUCGUCUGCUGUUGUUCGAUUGAACAUCUCUCGUCCUGUCUGUGUGCGACGUCGGUCUGAAACACGUGAUGAUGAUGAUGAUGAUGAUAAUAAUAAUAAUAAUACUAAUAAUAAUAAUGAUAGUAUAUUGUCCUUCCGAUCAUGUCUCACGCUGCAAGACAUAUAAUAUUAUACUUUAAGUCAGGUCUAAUGCACUAUUUAUACGAAAUCAACGACAUCUUUAUGUAAUUUUUUAAUCUUUUUCAAUUAUUAUUAUUAAGAAGAAGAAGAGAAUAUACAAAAAUGGGCCAUACUAAGUAAAAAAAAAAAA